ACAGCAGACAUGGCCAGCAAGAAAGCCUCCAAUAAAAGACAAAGAGGAGGACAGAAGUCUUGCUCCAAUGUUUUCUCCAUGUUUGAGCAGUCCCAAAUUCAAGAGUUCAAGGAGGCUUUUGGCUGCAUUGACCAGGACAGAGAUGGCGUCAUUAAAAAACAGGACCUGAAGGAGACUUACGCACAACUAGGGAAGCUGAAUGUGAAGGAAGAGGAGCUGGAUGAAAUGUUGAAUGAGGGCAAAGGUCCUAUCAACUUCACCGUCUUCUUGUCUCUCUUUGGAGAGAAACUCAACGGCACUGACCCGGAAGACACCAUCCUUGCUGCCUUUAAGCUCUUUGACCCCAAUGGGACAGGCUUCGUCAACAAGGAAGAAUUUAGGCGGUUAUUAAUGAACCAGGCAGAUAAAUUCACAGCAGAUGAGGUAGAUCAGGCCUUCGCGCUGGCUCCCAUCGACCCAACCGGGAACAUCGACUACAAGUCUCUCUGCUACAUCAUCACACAUGGAGACGAGAAGGAGGAGUCCUAAACAUUGUUGGAACAUCAUCUAAUAAUGUUUGUCACUAAUGGAACAAAGUA